GCACCUGUCGAGAACACAACGUCUUCGUCGUCUCCACGCACAACCACCGCGAAGAUACCACAGACCAUGAGUAAGGGUAUUCAGCACGCAGCUGGAACGCAUAAUGGGACAUCCAGGUCUGCUCGGCCAGCGGACUCACUGGUGACGACAACCGAUAGACGGCGUGAUGGAAACAAGACGCAGCGAGGAUGCACCGAAGUCUUCUACACGCACUGUCUAAGGGCCCCAGCCGAGUUCCACUACGACCUGAACAGCCAGGGGUGCGUUGCGACGGACAGACGCGAAGACCAGCUGUGCGCACGCGGAAUGAACCGCUUCACUUCCGAGGCGAGCUGCACGCGCUCAUGCGUGCGAACCAUCCAUCCAGAAAAGCGGUGUUUCGCUACGCCCGUUUUCUCCGUGUGUGAAAGCCGUGACGUGAAAGGACCACAGUGGAAUUUCGAUGGGCGUGUCUGCCAACGCUGGCAUUUCCCGUCCGGCCGUUGUCCUUCAGUGGGCGCUCUAGGAGAGCACGUGUUGCAAACGCCCCCUUUGUUCACUACAUACAGCGAGUGCUUCAAAGCUUGCGGCGGACCACGGCGCCAAAGCUUGGUGAACACGGCCGGCAAGGCGUCUCACUUGGCCAGCGCUUGCCGCGGGAUUCUGUAUCCGAAAACGUGCACCGAGGAGCAGCUGCGGUAUCCCUACUUUGCCGCUGUGGGCAGGCGAGAAGGAGGCAACGUUCGGCUGUGGUGCCUACCCGUUGUGUCAGCGUUCCCUCUGCCUCGUCAUCGCUGUCUCAUGGGCAGCAACCGUUUCCAAACUCGGUCAUCGUGCCAGUGGGCAUGCGCUGACAACCAAGUGUGAAAGUCAUCGCACAUGUGGAUCUACCCAAAAUUUUAGAAUAUUUUACGUUCAUUCUGUUAGCUUCUAAAGAAUUAAAUACCGAUGCA